UCAAUUUUGUCAUAAUUCGUAUUUGAAAUCAAAUCACGUAGUAAUUACAUAAAAUUAGGAUACUGUUGUUAUUGUUAGUGAGAUGAAGUAAUUGAAACAUCCUCUUCAAAUGGGAAAUGAGAAUCUAAUAUGCAUACAGUGCAGUGUAUAAAAUUAUGUUUUGAAGGCCAAGUCUAGAAUCGUACAUUUUGCGGAGAUAAAGCCGUAAUGGGGUGCUUUCAGAGUAAAAAAGACAUAUCAGAUUUGCAUCCUAAUAUAUUUCGUGUGAUCAAUAUUGAUGAACAUGGAUCGAAUUUGUGUUCUGGUCAAUUGGAAAUCACAGAAUCUAAUAUAAUACUUUAUAGAGAAGGCAGAGACUCUACUAUAUGGCCCCUACAUUCCCUAAGACGAUAUGGGUUUGAAGGAGAUUUAUUUAGCUUCGAAUCAGGUAGAAGAUGUGAAACCGGUGAAGGAAUAUAUGCUUUUAGAUGCCGUAGAGCUUCAUUUCUUUUUCGCACAUUGCAACAACAAAUUCAGUUAAGAAAUGUGGUUCAUGAUUCGGCUCCAUAUCCAGUUUCAAGGAUUACUCAAUCACCUCAAAAUCGACAAACUCUUCAAGCCACUGUCGUGCAUAGAUCUUCAGUGGAUAAUGGCCAACCUGACAACAAUAACACGUCAAAUACAGCAAUGCCUCCCCUGCCACGUAAUCCAGCACCAAGAUCUCCAUCAAGUGCAGAUAUUCUCGAAGUAAUGCCUUUAUAUCCUCGAUCUCAAACAAAUACUCAAGCAACAAAUGUCUAUCAAGUAAGGGAAUUUAAAAGAGAGCAUAAUAAUAACCAGGCUGAAGGUGGAUUGGUACAACAUGUAUACACAAAUGAUAUAAACAAAGAUUUGGCAAUGCUUAGGAAGACUUUAAGACGUGAAAUGGCUCUUAUUGCUAUAAGGGAUAUUGAAGAUGAAACACGGUUUCUUGAGGGUCGAUACAUGGAGAAUGACACAGAUACUGAAAAGAAAUCGUCAAAUCAGGCUUCUCCUAAUAAAGAAAAUGAUACAAAAAAACCUGAAGAUGAGGCAUUAUCACCAACAACUAGCCAUUCAAGUGAACAUUACGCACAAUUAAAUGUGGAACAUAAAGAAGCAGCCAGACUUUAUGUGAACAUUGCCCCAAAUGAAAACAUUCCUUUAGAAAAUAAAAAUGACCAACCACCUAUAACACCUGUUACACCAGUCACACCUAGACCAGUGGAGUAUUGUAAUUUAACUAUUGGCUCAAAUCCAGAAGUCAACACAUAUGCAAAUCUUAUGAUUGGUGAAAUUUCUGAAAGCAUGAAAUUUGUGAAGCAUGAACAUCACCAGAAAUUUUCAGAAUCCGAUACAUUUACAUCUAUGUCUCCUGUUGAAGAGUUGGAAGUUAACUAUGCAAUUUUGGAUAUUGAUAAUAAUAAAGAAACACUAAAAACUGAUAUCUCAGCAGCUAGCCCUGAGAGUCAGUCAUAUAAUAGUUCGAAAAACGAAAGCACUGCAUCUUAUUCAUCACAUGCCCGAAGCCGAAUGGUUUCACAAAACAGUAUUGACAAAAGUUCAAGUACUAAUGCUGUCCCCUCAUUGCCUAUGGCAAGCAUUGGUUACACAACUAUUGACUUUGAUAAAACUGUAGCGUUGACAUCAGUAGCUGCAGCAGCUGAUGCUAACCUGGAUGCUUGUCGUAAAAGUAGACACAAUUCAUGUAUAAUGAUUUCUUCAGAUAAAAAGUAAGGUAAAUAUUUGUUAAAUAUUUAAAUUUUUACAUUGAACAGUAGAAUAAGUGUUUAGAAAAUUCUUUUCUCACCUUGUCUAUUUGGAAUUUAAUGUUGUAAUAGUGACUACUAUGUUUCUUUGGAUUUUUUAAUUAUCUUAUGUGACUGCUGAUCAAAUAUUUUAUGCCAAAUGAAAAUUAUACACAACAUGUAGUUGGGUAUGACGAUAGAUAUUAAAUACCAAGAAAGGCCAAAGCCUCUUAAAUUAAGAGCCAAAGAUAUGUUGGUAAAGGCCAAAGCUGAAUAAACUAAUAACCUAAUUAAACUAAAUAACCUAAUUAAACUAAUAAUAUAAAUAAGUAAGUUAUGCAUGUCAUCUAGGAGUUUAUGCAUUUACUGCAACUUAAUUGACUUGAGCGUACUUAGCAUAAAAAUGAACCAUACAAUAUGUUUUCUAUAACAACAACCUAAUGGUUUUCAUACCCUAAUAUUAAUAUAUUUUUUACUAUAUGCAUAAAAAUAUUAUUCAAUUUAUUAUAAAAUUUAUGAAACCUUAUAUGAAUGGACAAUAUUUAUAUUUACUAA